CUUGCACACGUGCACUAAAAAGUUGACAAAUAACAUUUGUUGACUAUAAAACUAAUUUACGCAUACAACCUGCGGCAUGAAACCAAAAAAGAAGCUGGCUGUGGGCCUUAGUCGCGAGGAGCGCCAGGUGCUGGUUACGGGCGAAAUCAUACAAGAACUGCUGAAAGCGCACGAAGCCAAGAGAGAUGUGAAUUUAAAUCGCAUGAAAUCGCUUAUUUCUUCGAAAUAUGGACUCGACAGCUCACCGAAACUGGUUGAUAUUAUAGCAGCUGUGCCACAGGAUGCAAAGAAGAUACUGCUACCAAAAUUGAGGGCCAAGCCCAUAAGAACAGCAAGCGGCAUAGCCGUGGUAGCUGUGAUGUGUAAGCCACAUCGUUGUCCACAUAUUAAUUUUACCGGCAAUAUAUGCGUGUACUGUCCAGGCGGACCAGACAGUGACUUUGAGUACUCGACGCAGUCAUAUACGGGCUAUGAGCCCACCUCAAUGAGAGCUAUACGCGCACGCUAUGAUCCUUUCCUACAGACACGACAUCGUGUGGAGCAGCUAAAGCAGCUGGGACACUCUGUGGACAAAGUUGAAUUUAUUGUCAUGGGUGGCACUUUUAUGGCGCUGCCAGAGGACUAUCGAGACUACUUUAUAAGGAACCUGCAUGAUGCUUUGUCGGGACACAGCAGCGCCAAUGUGGCCGAGGCAGUACGCUACUCUGAAAAGUCACGCACCAAGUGCAUUGGCAUUACCAUUGAAACACGUCCGGAUUACUGCUUAAAGCGUCACAUCACGGAUAUGUUGAACUAUGGCUGUACACGCCUAGAGAUUGGCGUGCAGUCUGUCUACGAAGAUGUGGCUAGGGAUACGAAUCGUGGACACACAGUGCAGGCAGUAUGUGAGACAUUCAAAAUGGGCAAGGAUGCAGGCUAUAAAAUUGUAACGCACAUGAUGCCAGAUCUGCCCAAUGUGGACUUUGAGCGUGACAUCGAGCAGUUUAUUGAAUACUUUGAGAAUCCCGCUUUUCGUUCCGAUGGCUUGAAAAUCUAUCCCACGCUGGUCAUACGAGGCACUGGUCUUUAUGAACUCUGGAAGACAGGUCGCUAUAAGUCCUAUCCGCCAUCAAUGCUAGUAGAUUUGGUGGCCAAAAUACUGGCACUAGUGCCGCCAUGGACGCGUGUAUAUAGGGUGCAGCGCGAUAUACCCAUGCCGCUGGUCAGCUCUGGUGUGGAGCAUGGUAAUCUACGUGAAUUGGCGCUGGCACGCAUGAAAGAUCUGGGCACGACUUGUCGAGAUGUGCGAACUCGUGAGGUUGGCAUCCAGGAAAUACACAACAAAGUGCGUCCCUAUGAGAUCGAGCUUAUACGCCGUGAUUAUGUUGCCAAUGGUGGCUGGGAAACAUUUUUAUCCUACGAGGAUCCCGAGCAGGAUAUACUUGUGGGACUGUUGCGUCUGCGUCAGUGUUCUGCUGACACGUUCCGGCCAGAGCUGCAAGGCAAAUGCUCCAUUGUACGCGAACUGCAUGUCUAUGGGUCAGUUGUGCCUGUUAGCUCCAGAGAUCCCACCAAGUUUCAGCAUCAGGGCUUUGGUAUGCUGCUCAUGGAGGAGGCGGAACGUAUUGCUACGCAAGAGCACGGCAGCACCAAGAUAGCCGUUAUCUCUGGCGUUGGCACACGCAAUUAUUAUCGCAAACUGGGCUACGAGCUGGAUGGACCUUAUAUGUCCAAGAAGCUGGAUAUAAUGUCCUCAACCUAAGCUUAUACCCUAUUAAAUGUUUAUAUUUAUAG